GUCCUGUCUAGUCCUAGUACAUCAGAUUGUUCCAUGAAUUAUAAUGCAUUUUACCUGGUGUCCAAAGACCUGUUUCUGUGGGCUUGAAUCUGAUUAAGGCCCUGUCUUGUGAGCUGGCAUUUGAAAGCUGUUUAUAACAGUAGCAAAAAUGAACAAUAAAGUGGGUUAUUUGAUAAGGACAAUCAGACAUUUGCAUGUAUGUGGUUCUAAACUGGGUCCCAACUUUAGAACUACAAUGAGGACAUACACAUUAGGGAUCAGUAGACGUAAGAGUGCCAUACAAAGUGUGAACCUGAGAAGAUUCCUGUUAAAUGUUCCUCCUCGGUGGCUUGAACCAUCUCUCCGAUUGCUGUCUCAGGGGGUGCCUGUUUAUAGUAAAGGAGAUGCCACUGUACAAGAACAGAAUGCUACAAAGACUCUAUUAGAUGAACAUGUGCAAAGUUCAUCUAGUGCCUUGGACCCUCUAGAAGAAGAUAGAAGUGUUGUUGAAGAGAAUCUGGUAGUGAAGAGCGAAAGGAGUCAGUCACAGCAGUUCUUUGAUGACCUUCAAAAAUGCACAUCUCCCUGUGAUGUAUUAGACCUAGUUUCAAAGUCUGCUAUUUCUGAGAAGCAUUGUAGUGCUUGUUUUAGUACUAUGUGGGUGCUCACCAAAAAGCUGUCCGAAGACCAGAAGCAUUAUGAGAAGCAACUGAUGGGCGAGCAUCCUGCAUUUAUGCAGCUAUGUCAGCGUCUGAUGCAAGAUUCUAGGAGCAUGUGGUGUAAUGACUUGGUAUACAGUCUACAUGCUGUGGUGAGGCUAGGGUUACCCCAGAACACUCAACUGGUUCAGACUUUGCUGAGGGUCUGUCAGGAGCGCCUCAAUGAAUUUGAUGACCGAUGUCUCUCUGUUGUGGCAACCGCCUUGACAACCAUGGGAAAAAGCAGAAAUGUGGAUGUUCUUCAAGCCGGAUUACAGUUACUGGUGGAGCCGCGAAUUCCAAAGAUCACUAACAUUUUUAUGUUGCAAAGCAUGAUGAAAUGCUUUGGGAACGAUGCCCCACUCUCUCUCAAAAGGAAAUUUGAGGAUAGAGUUUUGAAACAGCUGGACCACUUGACUCCUCAGAAUGCGCAACACAUGUUUAGUGCUCUGGCUGCCAUGAAUCACUGCUCCCUCCUAAUCCUGGAUGCCUCAAGUAACAAAAUCAUUGAGAAUAUCCAUGGUACUCCAUUUUGGCAGCUAAUCCAUGUUCUGAGAUCAUGCAGCAUCCUCCGGUACCGCAAUGUGGUUCUGUAUUCAGCAAUAGCAAACUACGUGACUUCCCACAUCUACAUGUGGGACAUUAAACAGAUUGUCCUGUUUUUGUCUGCCUUCGGGAAACUUCGCUUUCGACCUGUUGAGCUGAUGGAUAUUUUGGCUGAGAAGGUGACAAGUCAUCCUGAAUCCCUGAACCUGAAGGAUAUUCUAAGUGUUCUCUGGGUGUAUUCGCUUCUCAACCAUGUUCCCAAAUGCCAAAAUCAGGAGUUCCUGGAGUCUCUCAACGAUGCCUUGAAUAAGUACCUCACCAGGAUUUCUAAUGUGGAUCUGCUGAAGGCAGUGUAUUCAUUUUGCAUUUUAGGGUAUUUGCCCCAGCCUGCACUUAGUCAGCUCCUGCAAGAGGACAAACUCAACGAGUUACUAAAAUCAGAUGGCCUCAACAAGGAGCAGAAUGAAAUGAUGCUGCACUGUGUGAACAUGUGUCUGGAACUUGAUAGUCCUUCAUUCACCAAACCAGCAACUGUGUUUAUAAAGAAACCCUCCACACCUUUGGUUUCUGAUCUCCCUGAGGUUCGGAUGGCUCUGCUGAAACUUCUGGGAGAUGAGCGUAUGUUUCAGCAAAACAUCCAACGGCCACAUGAUUACAACAUUGAUUUUGAAAUCAAAAUGGAUGCAGACAGAAAAAAAGUGCUUCCAGUAACUGAAGUAGAUGAUCCUGCUGAUGCUCCAGAUGUUCAAAGAGUGGCUGUUCUCUGUGCUUCUCCGUCUGCUUUCUGUUUUGGCACAAGACACCCCCAAGGCAAGCUGGCAAUGAAGAUGAGACAUCUGAAAGCACUCGGCUAUCAUGUGAUACUGGUCCACUACCAGGAGUUUAAAAAACUGAAGGAAGAAGAAGCAAUUGAGUGUUUGAAGGGAGAAAUCUAUUCAGCAGAUACUUUUCCUGUUUCUGAUGUGAAUUUGCAGGAUAAUAUUUAAAAUGGACUGGGAACUUCAGAUCUCCUGCUUUUUUCCCAUCGCAGACAUUCACAAGAAGAGGGAAGCGGUUUCAUAUAUUCCUGAAAAAUGCCUCAAGACAUUGUACCUUGUAGAAAGUUUGUAAAUUCAACUAUAUCUACUGAAGGAGUUCUUUGGCAAUAGAAGCAGUUAUUUGCUAAGGCUCCUUAAACA